GUAUUUUUUGACACAAUUCCAACGUGAUGUCAAAUAUAGAUCGAAGGAAAUUUAUUUUAAUUUAAAACGUAAUAAUAAUAUUUUUCGUAUACAAAAUGGUUAUGUUAAGAAAUAUAUGUAACAAAUUAAUUAAACAAACAUCGUUAUUUCAACAAAGUAAACGAUUUCUGAAGGUAUCUCCUACGUUAAAAAGUUUUGAUGGUGAAGGAAAAACGUCUGUGAAUAUACUAAAUCAAGAGGAAGGUGCUAAUUUGAUGAUUAACGGAUUUAGUCAAGCUGGAUUUCGAUUAAAUAACGAUUUAACAGUGUUAGGUCCAAUAGCAAUUUUUCCAAGAACAAUUUUAGCUUGGAAUGUUAGUGGAAUAGAUGAUAUAACGGAAGAGUCUCUUCAAUUAUUCACCGUGCUAGAACCAAAAUUAGAUAUUUUAGUGAUAGGAGUUGGAGAUAAACUAGACGAUCUUAGUUUUCAUAGGAGGUUCUUACCAUUUAUGCACAAACAUAAGAUUAAUUUGGAAAUAUUGCCCACAGAACAAGCUUGCUCUACAUUUAAUUUUAUGAGCUCAGAAGGAAGAUAUGUUGGUGGUGCUAUGAUACCUCCAACUAAUAUUAGUGCCCCUGAAGAUGAUGUGUUAGCUUCUAAAAUGCGAUAUCAAAAUUUAUAUGAAUUUGAGUGAUUUAAAUAAUAGUUAAAAAUAAAGUGGUAGUUAUUAUAUUAUUAAUAGUGAUGGUGAUAAUAAAGUUCAUGUAAUUUAUUUGUUUUCAUACUAUUAGUUUUAUUGGAAAGUGUUAUUAUAUAAAUAAAUUGUUCUAGAAUAACAUUAAAAUCAAAUGUUAGCUCAACAUAAGUAUGUAUGGGGAUGUUUUUCAGCAGCAGGAAUUAGAAAUCGUUAUUUCAUAAAUGGAAUAUUGACAAGAUAUAUAAACAUUUUGAAAAAAAAUAAAUUUGAAGCAUGCCACACUA